AAGUUGAUAUUUACAUGAUCCUGUUCGGCACUUAGAUAGAUACGAAUAGAUAAAUUAUACCACUUCUAUGGUAAGUGGAGAUCAUUUAUAGUUAGAUGUCACCUUACUUAUACAUGUCUAUGUAAUAUUAAUAUGUUUUAGGACUGUUGAAGUGGUCGCUGUCUUGGUUACUAUUAUCAAACUAGCAUAUUAGCCACGAUGCUAACUGUUAGUAACCUCGGGCUAAGUAAGGUUAGCUGGGUAAAUUAGCUAGCUGCAGUGUGUGUGGCUGGACAGCUUAGACAGCCAGCUACUGGUUAGCCUUGGAUGAAGCUCUUGUCUGUCAGACUAAAUGCCUGUCAGACGGGCUCUGGUGGAGUGUGCUGUGUUGUCUCUCCAAGACGCCUGUGUGUUUUAUCCGUGCUGUAAAGGCUGCUUCUCCAGGAUAGACGUGCAGCAACAGGACACGUCGAGAUUGAGAUGUCCCAGAUGUGGCUACAGCUGUCUGAGGGAGCAGGUUGACUACAGGUAUCGUCUGGCAGUGAGGGUGGCCCGGGACAGCCACAUAUUUGGAGUCACAGUGUUUGGAAACUGUCUGAACCCGCUCUUUGGCAUUCAUGCAACUGGAUUACAGAGAUUAGUGGAGGAUUCAGAUGAGCCAGUUCAAGCACCAAGCCGAUCCACACUGCUGCUCAAGGCUGUCGAGGACUGUUUCAUUGGCAGACAUUUCAUCUUUGGGAUAAAGGUAACUGAUACAGAAAAUGGCCCUUUGUUAGGAAGGCCAGUCUCAGGUGGCCAAUCAGCCCAGUUCAUCGCCAGUCAGAUCAUCCUCCCCAAAGCUACAGGCCAGGGAGGCUGCACUGUGGUCAGUUAUUACCGGACCCUUCUUCAAAAAGCUGCAGACUGUCUGCUGGGAUGCACUGAUCCCAGACCUGCCACAACGUUACUGCUGCCCCCCCACGUCUCUCCAGUCAGCAGCCUCAAUAAAUCUAUACUGCCUGCCUCAUGUCUUCUUUCCCAGUCAUUGCAAAGUUCACAGCGCCUUAAUCCCACACCACCAUGGCAGCAGUCACUCGGGCUGGUCACUUCCUCAGCAGAGCAGGAGGAGGAAGGCUGCAGCACUCAGGGCAGUGGACAUGAGAGCAGCAGACAGGUACACAGCGAAAGACCACCACAUUACACACCUGGAUGGCAGAGAGGCUGCUGGUGGAAACAUGAACUCACAGGGGAGAGAGCACGGUCACCCCUUCCAUCAUUAUACAACGGCAGCUCAUGCAAUAAUCAGUCAUUUACCAAUAGCCCAGGCUCGUAUAUCUCCAAGGCUAAUGGAAACAGUCCCAGUCUGCACACUUGGUCCAGUCCUCCCCAGCCUGACCACAGUAGGACUUUAUCACUCAGCUCCUGCAAGGCUUCUGCAAGCGGGCGGGCCAAACAGUCUUUGUCAACUUCUGUGGCUUGGGAGGAUUUGCCUUUCUCUGAGAGUCUAACAGAGUUUUUGUGUAAGGAGGGUGAAGCGCUCAAUGGACUUAUUGAAAUGGAGCCUAAUUUAAUUGCACCAAAUCAGAAAGAAACAGCUGCACAAUCACCAGACCAGAACUCAUCGAAUGAAUCUGCCUCACUUUGUCAAAGUAACACCCAGCCGACAGACGCUCUCUCAUACAAAACAAUAUUACUGGAUAUCACUAAUGCAGCUGCACUGAGUUAUGAUGACGUCACGUUCGACCAGGCAUGCAAGGACAAUGACGGGUGUGAAAACAGGUGGCAGGGCAACAGUGUUUGUUCCCAUGAAUGUAAACAGGAGGAGAAGGCUGGGUUUGUGUCUUUGAAAAACUGCAGCGAUGAAGACGAGCACUUUGGGGAGGAUGUUUACGAUUGUUCAGCAGACCUGUUCGAUAACUCAGUGAUGAUCAGUGUGAACACACAGUCACCAGGCAUGCAAGAUCUGCGUAACGCUAAAAAAUCCACCACCAACAUGAGCCGGUGUGAUCGUUCACAGUCUCUUGACUUCGUCCCGCCCUCUCAGUCUACUCCCAUAGUGAAGGGCGCAGUCGUCUCAGGGUUCUGUGUUUCCACAUGUAGGAGCCGCACGUCGGGGGAAUUCAGCUCACAAGCUGACAGGCGGUGUUCUUAUCCUUUCCACUUGGGUACGCCAGGACGGGGCAGUGAAAAUCCAGACAGUUCCUCGCUUUAUAAAUUAAACCGUUUCAGUGCUAACCGGUUGCAUCAAUGUGGCCGAGUGUAUCCACAAAAAAAGCUGUUGUGCAGCCCUUCACCCAUAAGACGCAGCCACAGACUCGCCCUCAAGGGAAAAGUAAGGAAAUUGCACAAUCCUAAACAGUGUCCAGCGACCCACUCCACAAGAGGAAGAGCUAUAAACAGCACAUCAACAGAGAGGACGUCAAACCAGUGUGACACGAGUGUAUGUGAUGUGAGCGUGUGUGAGGAAAAUGAAAUAACGCCUUCUCCUACCGUGACUAAAACAGUAGGGAGAGAUUUUAGUCCCUCUGGGAAGGAACGGCCGACAAAAGGAGUUAACUGUAAAAGAACCUGCUUAGACCAAACUCCAGCGUCAUCGCGGGCAGGGCUGGUGCAAAGACAGAGAGCGCUUGCCCGUGAGAGUUCGGGAUCCAGUAAACACACAUCAGUUCAUGAGUCAAAUCUGAGUGUGUCCAACAGUCACUCCCUCCAUGAUAACGAUGAGGCAUGCGAUUGGUCGAGAGAUCUGUUCUCUGACUCGAUGUGAGAGGUCCCGUCAGCAACUACAUCUCUUCAUUACAUCAACAUUUGUUAAGGACCGUUUGAGAGGUGAUAACUAAAUGUGUACACAAAGGAGUGAGUUUGUGCACUCUUGGCUGACUGGAUCUUGAUCAGUUAAGGCUUAGCUGCUAUUUUUCUGUUUUCACCAGUAAUAAAUGGUUACUUUAUUCAUCCCAGUCAUAGAGAUGGAAGUAUAGAUCUUUCUCACAGCAGCCAUUUUGUCAUGAAAUAGGGUAAACGCCUGACGUAUCUGCUAGCAGCACACACUGUUGGCUGCUGUUAUUACCAGAUUGCAAUAUUUACACCACAGUAAACAAUACUGUUGCCUUAUUUUAUGGAAACAGUUACAGUCAUUAAAAUUCAAAUUGCCUGGUGUGCAGAUGACGUUUUUCACAAGGGUGGGAGUGCAUACCGGUGACACAUGAGCAAUCCUGGCUGCUACUUGCCGUCAGAGAACAUCAGUGAAAUCCCAGAUUUCAGUUUUAAAAGUUCACUUCAUGAAUACAUUUAACUUUUAAGUUUAUAUUACAGAUUGUGUCAGAAAUAUAUGAAUGUAUUGUAAAUGUGAAAUAAUGUUUAACAGAAAUAUUUUGCCAAAGGUUUUAAAGUGUAAUAUAGCACAACUGUAUGGUCUAGCAUAUUUUUAAAGGUGGAAUUUUUAUGUUUUGUGUUUGAGGCAGUGCUGAUGAACUGAUCUGACAUGCUUUUAAGGUGGCAGACGUGCACACUGCAAAGACGUUCUGCUGCACCGCCGUCCAAAGGGUCAGACAUGGUGCAGCAGAACGUCUCUGCCAUAUGUGAUUUGGUGUGUAUGUAUAUACUAUUUAAGGUGAUAAUGCUUAUGAUAUUUAAUGUUUUGCACUAAUGAUUUGCACUAAUGAAUUAAUGCAACACAUAUUAGCUGGUAUUGUUAUCAAAUGACCUGGUCAAAAUAGAUUUAUGAUGAAUCAGACUUUGCAAUGUUUUUCACGUCCUAUUUUUUUCUACUGUGAUGGAGAACUAUGUGAAGUCUCAAGUAAUUUUGGAGACGCUGAAUAAGCAUUUUUGCCAGUUGGUGUGUAGCUCGAAAAUCACUAUAUAGACACAGUGAAUGGGAUUUUCAAUAAGCACCAAAAAUAAAUUGAGUGCUGCACACUAGCUAAACUACAUUUUGUUCCAUGAAAUAAAAUAUACCAGCUAACAUCAUCUUUGUGCCCUGUUGUCCUUUUGGAGUUCCCUUUUGGUUUCAGUUGUUGCUAGUGUAACCAUGGUCUAACUAUUAUUGUAAUGCUGACGGAUUUGGGAAGAGGUGAUGAUGAAUUAUGCUCUUGUAUUAAACUGUUGUACAU